GAAAUGAAAUAGCUGAUAUUCCUAUUUGAAAUGCGUUCCGGAGAUUUUGAAAUGGUUAGUUCCCAUUUGCCUUAUCACUACUAUUACUUUUUCAAUUUUCACAUCUCGCUCUGCCUGUCUCAUUCCUCACCUUUAUUCUCUUUUCAAUCUUUUAUAUUUUUAUUGCAUUUUUGGGGGGGGUGUCUCUUCAAUUCUUCCUCACACUCUUUCUUUAUUUGUUUCCUCUUCAUUUGCUUGUACAUUCUUCUCAUGUUCACCGUUUUUCAUACCUCUCUUUUCUUUCUUUCUUUUUUUCUUUUUUCACUUCGUACUCUGAUGUUAAUCUCUCUUUUCAUGUUAUUUAUGAAAAGUGAAAAAAAUAAUUGAUAAUCAUGUUCAUGCUUUUACCAGUUACUGAAAAUAAGAAGUUAACUUGUAUUAAGGUUGUUGUCUUUAGCCUUAGAGGAAAUUGAUAGGACCAAACUAUUUUUCUCCAUAGGUGGGGGGAGGGCCACGUGGCAUGAGGACGAUCCCUUUGUGCCCAGUUUGUGGACAUGCAGCCAGAGACAACGUGGAUUUACGACGCCACCUGAGAGUUCAUACAGGGGAGAAGCCCUUCGCCUGUCCACUGUGCCCAUAUCGAGCUACUCAGAACAACAACUUGAAAAGACACCUGGCAUUCAAACACCAGCAGAACACUGGCAGCCUUUAAUUCUGCAGUUUUAAGGCUGCAAGAAGCUAUGAAAACUUAGGGCAUGUUAGUGAAAUGGAUACUUAAAUUGAAUUGAGAUAAAGAGCAAUAAACAAGAUGGUCAAGCUUCAGUUGUAGAAAGGAUGAAGCAAUUGCAGAUUAAAGGUUAAAAAACGUUUCUCUUUCUGUCUUAAAACAGCUAUGCGAAGGUUUCCCAGUCCACCCCUACCUAAAUGUUAAGUGAACUGAGCCUUCGAAGUUUGGAACUGAGGAAGCACCAACUAAAGGCUUCCAAGUGAUAGAAGAAAUCCCUGUGACUUAGCUUAAGGAGAUAACAGAAAGAAAGAUUGAUAGGCUCAUACCAGUGACCUGUUUUUCUCCCGUAGGUGUGGUCAACCAUCAGAGGCAAGUCCCCGGCCAGAGGCAGGAACAUGUUCGUAUGUGGAUUUUGUGGCUACUGUGCCCGUGACAAUGACAACCUGAAUCGUCACAUCCGGACUCAUACUGGAGAGAAGCCCUUCGCCUGUCCACUGUGCCCAUAUCGAGCUACUCAGAACAACAACUUGAAAAGACACCUGGCAUUCAAACACCAGCAGAACACUGGCAGCCUUUAAUUCUGCAGUUUUAAGGCUGCAAGAAGCUAUGAAAACUUAGGGCAUGUGUGGUCAACCAUCAGAGGCAAGUCCCCGGCCAGAGGCAGGAACAUGUUCGUAUGUGGAUUUUGUGGCUACUGUGCCCGUGACAAUGACAACCUGAAUCGUCACAUCCGGACUCAUACUGGAGAGAAGCCCUUCGCCUGUCCUUACUGUCCACACCGCACAACACAAAAGAGCCAUCUAAAGAACCACAUAGCCUUGAGACAUGAAAAGGAAUUGGCAGAAUCCCCCAAAAGUUUUUAAGAAAUUAGAUUUAAUUUGUGGAGCGGACAUGUAUAAUGCAGCUGCCAUAAACAAGCACCAUGAAGGGUCGAUGAGGACCACUGUACCCCACAUGGUCCUACCUCCUCCCUCAGCUCCUCUUCCUGUUAGAAGACCAGUUUCCCAGGUGUCACAGGAAGGGAGCAGAAGAGAUUAUAAGUGCAAGGUGUGCGGUUACCAAGCCAUCAGUGAAUCCAAACUCACCAUACACAUCCGCAAGCACACUGGGGAAAAGCCAUUUGUUUGUCCAUUUUGCUCCUACAGAUGUGCACACAAGAGUAAUCUCAUAACUCAUGUGAAAACACGUCAUGCAGAGCAAGGCCAGCCAUAAAUGAAUGAUCUGGAAACUGGGGAAAAGUGAAGAAUGGUGAUUUCCACAAUGUAACAUGUUUUUGGAACACCUAUGAGACUGAAUUGUCAGACUUAGAUGAAAGCAUUUUAUGUGCCAUAUAUAAAGUAUGAAAGGGGAAAACAGAGAGUCGUUUAAUUGUAGUUGAAUGAUGCCAUCAGAGGAGUAACUCUCAUGGGAUUUUCCUCUUCU